ACUUUUAGUGUUUGCAUGACAUUCGGGAAAAUCAGACCUGUUUGCGGAUCUAUGUUGAUUCGUCUGAAUUCUGAUUCGUUCUCGCCUCGACUUUCGUACGUUUGGAUUCGAUUCACGCGGCGCGGUUUGUUGUAGCUCGCAUCUGAUUGCCAGCAGCAUUCUUAUCGGGAGCAUAGCAUUUGCGAAGGCAGAUGUCAUUGGCGGGGUCUUUUGCAGUAUCCUAAUUUGCUUAACAUUCAAAUGACUGGUGGCUUAUUAAGUCGGCGUUCUGUUGAAAGCACGAAUAAAUUAACACCACCCGCCGUGCAUCCUGCCGUUUCGCGGAAUCAUCUGAUUCGCAAUUUCGCGCCCGCAGUUUGUUAUUGAAUGGAAGACAUAGCGACCACGAAAUCGCAGGAGAUCAAACCUGUUCUUAACCUUGAAAUAAAAAUUAAGGCGACGACAACGAAGACGACAAGAAGGUGACCGAUUGUUAGUUAUCGCGUGACACAUUUACCCAGCAACAUUUUUCAAGAACGGUUUAAACGGUUCAUCGGCGUUACGGGAUCUUGUGUUUGGGCCCAAGCAACUCUCCGUUUUCGUCACGUGCUCUGCCGGUUGUACCCGUAGAUACUGCAAAAAUAAGACCAGAUACAAAUAUCGGGGACUAACAUAUAAAUAAAUAAUAAAUCAAGUUCGGGGAGUUUUGUGCGUUUGGCGCGAAAAGUUGGAUUGUUGUUACUACGAAUAACGACAAACGAUGGAUAAGAACGGAUAAGAGAGCAACGUUCCAAGUUAAUGAUGAAUUGGUUUCUCGGACUUGCCUCUAAUUGAUUAACGCGAAUUAUGUGAGAAUAUUCAGUUUCGUGACGGUCUUUUGAGUUCCCUGUUUAGUUGGUUUUUGUCUAUAAAUGGAGUAAUAAAUUAGUAUCAAUCGUGGAACUGAAUUGUUGGAGUGAAUGAAUCCUGGAGGAAAGAAGGACUCUCAUAUGUGCCCUUGCAAUGUUGCUUCGUCUCCACAUCAGUGAUAACAUUCAUAUUGAAAGCAGAAACAGCCCUCAUUACUGUUUAUAGCUAAUUGUCAUAUUGGCCAUAAGUCUUAUAAGGGGAUUCCCCGGGUCCUCGUUUCGACAUAUCAUAGUCUUGAAGCACGGUGAACAGCAAAUUGUUUAUAAAUGCCCAACGGUCGUAACCGCACUAGUGUUAAUCCUGGAUCAUAGAAUUGCACGGAACUAACGAAUUAAUUAAUGAUGUGGCCGACACUGCUGAAAACAUGAUAGUAGUGAUUAUUAGUCAUUACAUUCCUGGUAGUCCUUCCCGCAUAGUUUACGAUGUUUACAGCGAGCUGAAUGCGACGUGAGCCAGCGUUUAACCAUUGUCGCGUCCAUUAUUCCAGUUGCCGUAAAUAAAUAAUAUGCUGAUGUGUGUGUACGCGACACUGCGGGAGUGCGUGGAGCCUGUUUUCAAAGUUUUACUCUACAUAUUCAUCGGGUGUCUAGUAGCUUUGUAGAUUGUGCAUCAUCCUAAUUGGUUGUGAUUUAUUUUAUGUGUUAGGUGGAUUAGAUCUUGUUAACGUAUUGUACCGUACAAGUGCGAAGAGGUGGUUGACAUAUUUACACUUGUAGCUCGGGAAAAAGGUUACCAUUAAUUAAAUUAACUAGAAACGAGUCAGUCACUCUUCAAGGAUACGGUUUACAUAAGUAAAUAAGGAUAUUUUUAUUAUACGACGUACUUGUAAGGAGUGAUCGGUAGAUUUUUUAUUUGAUCACUUAAAACUUCGUUGAUACCUCAGACUACGUACUUAAAGAUUAAGCGAAGAAAUUGAUUAACUCUACUACUAGCUGUAAGAGAGCAAAGGACGUUUGUAAGCUACUAAAAAAAAAAGCAAAUACUCAAUAAUUUAACAAUUUAAAUAUGACAAUGAGUACAAAUAAUUGCGAAAGCAUGGUACACUUCCCAAACUACGGUGAAAUGCAUCCCCACUACCCAGGAGGGUGUGGGGUGAGUGACUUCGAUGGAAGUCAACAAAUCCACCCCUACAGUCAGAAUCCAAAUCAUCAGGGGAAUAUGCCCUAUCCGAGGUUUCCACCCUACGAUCGGAUGGGCUACUAUAAUCAGUCCAUGGAACAUCAGGGAUACACAAGAUCAGAUAGCCCGUCGAGUCAGGUGAAUGGAGGUAUGCCUCAGACCCAACCCAAUGGAGCACAGCUGGGUACACAGCCUCAGCAUCAACAUCAACAACAACCCAUUUUUGCUAGUUGCAAACUGCAAGCCGCCGUUACAGUUGGAAUGGGACCUGAAGGUGGUUCACCGCCACUCGAGCAAAUGGGUGGACAUCAUAUGAACGCUCAAAUGACAAUACCUCAUCAUAUGGCACAUCAGCAGGGGCAGGUAAUGCAAGAGGUGCAUCAAAAUCCUCAGCAUAUGGGAAUGUAUACACAAACUGGUGGCGGACCACCUGUAGGUGGACCACCUCAAACAAUGAUGCAUCAACAACCUCCGCAAAUGCACCAACAGCAACAACCGCCCGCCAAUAACCAAAAUACGCAAUCGUCAAUGCCUUCACCUCUAUAUCCGUGGAUGAGAAGUCAGUUCGAAAGGAAACGUGGUCGUCAAACCUACACACGAUAUCAAACUUUGGAGUUGGAAAAGGAAUUCCACUUUAAUCGAUACUUGACACGGAGAAGAAGAAUCGAAAUUGCCCAUGCCUUAUGCCUAACUGAAAGACAAAUUAAAAUCUGGUUCCAAAAUCGACGGAUGAAAUGGAAGAAGGAGAAUAAAACGAAGGGAGAGCCAGGUUCUGGUGACAAUGCAGAUGAAAUUACUCCUCCAACUAGCCCACAAUAGAUAUUUCUUAUUUUCAAAGCUGAAAUUAACUAAAUUAUGAUGUCUCGCAAUAGUGAAAGUUUAAGAAAGAAUAUUUACAAAGACCCAAUAGAAUGGUCUAUCGGAAAAUGGUUGAUUUUUUGUUAGAUUUGUUUUCUCUUUAGAACAAAAGUAAAAAUCAGAUACGAAGCAAACCAAACAUAAAAUUUAAUUAAUUUUUCACUAAUUUCUCAAUUCGAUUCGAUUAUUUCCCUAUCGAUUGGAAUUAUUAAGUAAUACAAAAAAAAAAAAUAGAAUAAUAUUAAAUAGAAGCGAACUACCAACUCAUGUGACCUCAGAAAUCUAAGUUAAUAAUAUUGAGAUAAAAUUAAUAAUUAUACGAUGGAAAGUAUAUAUUGAAUAUUAUAUUUAAAACACUCUAUUUACUCUAGUAAAACUAUCAUUUUAUAUAUAAUGUGUGUAUUAUAACUUUAGUGCGUAUUAAAGAAGUUUUCGAAGACGUUCACUGACUUUUACAAUAUUUGUUUAUAACAAAAGGAACAAAAAUUAAAAGAUUUUUUAUUACUGCGUAUUUGUUUGCGUAUUUUCUUCCUUCUAAUUUAACACAUGUUUAUAAAGAAAUCAUUAAGGAUGAUUACGGAAUGAAUGGUUUUGUGCGAAUGGGAUAUUAAAAUGUGCGAAAAUGGUUGUGUGGGUGGAUGAGAGGCCAGUGAUUUUUUGUUUCUUAAUUCCCGUAAUCGGUGCAAUUUAUUAAAAAAAAGAAAAACUAAAGGAAAAAAAUAAAAAAUAACAGAAGAAAUGGAAUAAAUUUAACGAGUUUUAUGAGGAGUAGUUUUAUGGUUUCUAUAUUUUCUUUUAAGAAAUUGGAAAUUGUAACCACGGUAGUGAAGUAUAUUCAAAUCAAAAUGAGUAAAAUUCUAAAAGUAAAAAAUUUAAAUAUAAAUUUAAUAAAUUACUACUAAACAACUGAGGAUAUGACGUAUACCUUUUUCAUUAAAUUUGUGAAAAAUCAAGUUUGCACAAAUUAUUUUUAAAAAUUUUGCAAAAAAAAAUAAUAAAGUCUUAUUAGUAAUCUCAGCGAUAAUUGGCUACAUUGAGAAAUAUAUUCAAGUUUGGUUUUGCUUAUUCGUACUAAUUCGGAUAACCUUUAUAUAUUAUUCAGUUCCUAUCUCCGGUGGAGUAAAAAAAAAAACCAGAAUCGUUUAUCCAUGAAGAAAAGAAAAGUCAAAUAAGACAUAAUGAAUUCCAAAAUUACGAAUAUUACUAUUUACAUUUCUGAAUUCGAGUUGAAAUUGAGUAGGUGGUUUUUUUUUAUGAUUGAAAAAAGCAAGCAAGUAACGAACAAAUAACUUACACCCUAAUACCAAAGCCAUACUAAGAGUAUGUAAAUGCGAUAUUUUACAUAUUCAGCAAAACCUAGGCAAAUACAGAAAGUAAAUAUAUACAUUUUUAGAAAUAGUUGAAUGUUAACUUAUACUGAAAAUAGAUAAGUAGAGAGACUUUUCUAAAGUGAUUCUGUAAAGAUACUCGUAUGUGCCCAAAGAAGUUGUGAAUUUGGUUUUAUGGCAUUUCGAAUUAGUUUGUCGUUUCAAAAUUUAGUACGAAAAAGUAUGAAUCGAAUUGAAAAUAGCAGGGAUAUUUGCUUUCUAAGCCUGGGGAAAUCAAUAAUUACACUUUUUAUUAAAUUUUUAAGUAAUUACAAAAUUGUGAAACUAAAUCGAUUCUAAAUUCUUUACUGAGUUCACAAAAGUUGAAAAUAAUUAAAUUUCGAAUUGACAAUGGUAAUUCUGCUAAAUAUGGAAAUUCUUUUGAAAUUGAAGGCAUGUUGAUUUCCCUAUGCUCAUAAGUUUGAUAUCCUGUGACUCUAAUCGGCCAAUAUCCAUUUUCAGGGAUAAUAACUUCAUGCACUGUUAUAUAUGACAUAGGAAAUAUCUACGAAUUUUUAAGUGAAAAUUUCAAAGAUUUGCAUUAGAUACAAACUCAAUGAAUGUAUUGGGGACAAUACUAACAUUAGAAAAAGUGCACAUACUAAUUUCUUAUGUUUCCAUGACGAACCCUAAGAAACCAUAACUUCAGUCGCUAUGAAUAUUUGAAAGCAAAAUCAAAAUUGAAUCCAGUGGGCACAGAACUGUAAAUUUUGUAAUAAAACAAUCUAAAGUAAUUUAUUCAAAAUAGUCUAUUAUACAUUCUUGAUGUGAUGUAUAACUGCUAAGAACAAACACACCCUAAAUUCUUUCUAAACAGAACAAUAAGUCAAAAAAGAAUAAAAACACAGCAUAUAAAAUAAUACAAUAAAGGUACAGUUGUAAGAUAGUGGAGGAAAAUAAUGAAAGUAUAAUGAAAAAUAGAAAUACUAUAUGAAAUUGUGAUUAUUUUUGUUAAAAAAAAGGUAAAUAAUAUAUAAAAUAUUGAAUAUAAGUUGAGAAAAGUGCAGAAAUGCAGAAAUAAAUAAGCAAGUAGUACAGGCACACAAAAAUACGGAAAUACGUAAUAAUUAUAAUAUUUAAAAAAUAUACAUUCUGUAACAAAACUAUUCAAAAUUCGAAAUACGUAACUAGAGAGUGAAUAAAAAAAAAUACAGAAAAAACAACAAAAAAUAAAACAAAAAACUGCUACUGUUUGAAUCAGUAAAAUUUAAACUAUUCAAAAUCUAAGAACAAAAAAAAAGCAAGAAAAAUAUUUUCGAUUUUUAUAAUGUUUAUUUAUUAUAACUAUAUAGUAUCGACGAGACAAGAAAACAUAGAUUUCAAAAACAAGGUGUAACAAAUCGAACUCGGAUUUGAAAAUGGAGAAAAAAAAAAUUAUCAAAUAUGUAAAUGGUAUUACAGCAAUGUUUAUUUUAACCUAUAUAUAUAGAACUCAUGUAACAUAAAGUAAAUGAUGAUGAAUCCAAAUACGUAAUUAUGUAGGCCUCAUUCUUGUAUGAAACAAAAAAAUCCAAAAACUUGAAAAUAAAAAAAACCUUGUUGUAAAUA